UUUUCUAUACACAAAGUGGGACGUCUGUUCAACAUCGAACUGUUCAUGUGCAGUGAAGCAACAAGUGGUUCAUCCGAAUAUUUUUAAACACCGUAGACCACUUGUGCAAUUUGGUUUUGUUGCAAUAUUUCCUGCAAAAGUGGUUCCUACUGAAAAAUGGCCCGCUACUUCAAAGAACAAGACAUCGAUGAAUUCCGUGAGUGUUUCUAUCUGUUCGCUCGAAGUGGUCACAUCACUACGCUGGAUGAGUUGACGGUAAUCAUGCGGUCGCUCGGAUUGUCCCCAACGAUCCAGGAGCUGACAGCGUACUUAAAGAAAAAGAAUGGCCGCAUGAGUUUCGCCGACUUUCUGGAGGUGAUGUAUCAGCAUUCGCGCGUUGAAAAUCUUCCGGAUGAGGUAAUAGAAGCGUUCCGAGCUGGUGAUAAAAGCGGCCGGGGUACAAUUCCGGCUCGGCAGCUGCGCCAUCUACUGCAGAACUGGGGCGAAGGGUUGUCCUUUCGAGAGGUGGAUAACAUCUUCAGGGAGGCCAAUGUUUCCAGCAAUGGACACGUACGAUAUGCCGAUUUUGUACGCAUCGCCUGUGCCCCCGUACCGGAUUACUACUAGGCCAUAUGCAGUGGCAUGUGGGUGACAGGUUCAUAUUUACUUCCGUACUUGAUUUUAAAUUAAUCAGAUCGCACACGAAGCGCAGACAGUGUCAGAAACAGAGUUUGAUCUGUUUAUCUACCUACCUACACGAUUUCGCCAUGUCUUCAUCAGGGACUUUACAAACAAAAAAUGCAUCCACUCCACAAAUGUGUUUGAGCGUAUUUUUUAUGCCGGGUCCGAGAGUGUUGUUGCGGCAUUGCAGCACAUGCAUGGUGUACCUUUUAUUUACUGUUCUCGCAACAAAUAACAGACAAGUCUGCUUGUAUUGUUUUUUUUUUACCGUAUUGAUACAACCCUAUUGCCGCAUAUGUUCAGUAUUCGAUAGCUCUCAGCUUGUGCAUUUUAUUUUAUUUUGGCAAUAAAAACUGACUUUAAUUUA